AUGAGCUUAAUUAAAAUCGCCUUAUUUUUGAGUUUCUUGUUUAUCUCUGUCUUAUCUCAAUCACCAUCUCAACCACCAGUAGAUUUAGGAGCUGUCGUCGAACCUUAUCAAACAGCGAAUGUUCCUGCAAACAAUGGUACUUGGAGGAUAUGUGGUAAAACAAAAACAAAAUCAGUUAGUUACAGUGUUAGAGAGGUUCCCGAUUCAACCUUAAUCACACCUGGAUUUGGAAUUGAAUCUAAGGGAAUACCAGUUGGUAAAACACCAUUAACAGGAAAUGGAAUUGUGACAUUUGUGGCAACAUCGGAUAAUUCAAUAAAUAUAGCCAACCAUUCCACUAUUUAUCGAUAUGUACCUUCCUUAUCAUGUGAAACGGUCGUAACCAAAUGCGAUCAAGAUACCGGAAAUAUUUUGAUCGAGUUUUCCGAUAUACAUUGUUUGGUCGUUAAAAAUACUUUUUCCAACCCGCAAAAAAUCAAAGUUGCAUUUUCGGAGUCAGUCACGGUGUUUCAAAAUGGUGGAUUUACCAGUCCUAAUAAAAGUGGCGGCAAUACAAAAGCAUAUGUUCCAGAUAAAAGUGGCGGCAAUACAGAUAAAAAUGACGCUAAUACAAAUAAAACUUCAGGAAGUAAUAAUUAUAUAAUAACCACUGGUUUCUAUAGGCAACAAUAA